AUGGAUCUCGACGGCUCUUUUGCGGGAGCGCUGACAUCAUAUCGAUGGGUGUUGGUGGUGGCGGCGCUAUAUCUCUUCAACAGUCUGGUCUUAUAUCCUUUCUUGCUUUCACCCACUAGCCAUAUUCCCGGGCCGUGGUAUGCCAGAGUGUCGAAGUUUCCUCUCCGCUAUGCUACGUUUAAACGUCGAAGGACGGAAUACGUUACAAACCUACUAAACCGAUAUGGCUCCGUCGUUGUCAUUGCGCCUGAUCAAGUACACACUACAGAUGACAUCGCCAUGAAGUCCAUCUACGACAAGACUUCAAUUAAGACAAAAUUUUACGCAUCCAUGGGCAGCUGGAAAGGUGUGACUUCGACACUCGGCUUCCUCGACUACCCAUCGGCUUCUCCGUCACGCAACAAUCUCAUCCAGUGUUUCCAGAACAAGAACCUAGCAGUACUCGUGGAGAAUAUACAAGCUCAUGUCAGUGAUUUCAUAAAGCUGCUCGAAGCAAAAGCUUCAAAGAACGAAUCUGUUGAUGGGAUCGUCGUCUUCCGCCUCCUCGCACUUGACAUCGUUACCGAUGUGCUCUGGGGUGAGCAGGACAGUCUAGUGAGGAACCACAGUACCGACAAGGAUCCCGACUUUCUAAGGCGUUUCCAUGCAUUUAGUACUUGGAAUGCAAUGAAGAGUUUCAUACCGGGACUGGAUCUCAUCGUGAGCUGCGUGGGCAACAAGAAAUGGAGAACUCUACGCAACGACUGCAGUGACAUGGACGUUACCGCGAGAAAUGCUUUGCAGCGAUGGAAAGAAAGCGACACAGUUUCUCGUCGCGAAAAAGACGUUCUUUCCAUGCUACAGUCAAUGAACAAGGCCCAUGCUUCUGCGGUGCCCACAGAAGACAUUCCUGCAUAUAUGGUAGAGAUGCUUGCAGCAGGCUCGUCAACGACAUCGCAGACGGCAGCAUUUGCAUGCUGGCUUCUCACGCGUGACUUGGACGCGCAGCAGCGCUUGCGCAAAGAGCUGAUGGAAGCUUUCCCGAACAUGGAUGACAUCGACAUCAAACGAAGCAUAGAUCUCCCCUUCCUUGACGGGGUAAUCCGUGAGACGAUGCGACUUUAUCCCAUGAUCCCAGGCCCAUUGGAACGACAUCUAGGUAAAGAAGUCAGCAUUGCCGGCAAGAAGGUUGGAAAAGGCGUCAUUGCAUCCACCGGCGCCUUCAAUCAAGGGCGACUUGAAGAAGUGUACCCUGAUGCCACGUCCUGGAAGCCUGAGCGUUGGAUUAACGCAACUGAGCGAAUGAAGCUGAAUUGGAUUCCAUUUGGUCAUGGUUGCAGGUCGUGCCCUGGAGCUAAUCUUGCAAUGACGGAACUGAAGUAUAUGCUGGCAAUGAUCUUCCGUACAUUCGAGGCAAUCAUGCCGCCGGGCUUCGAGCAAGAUGAGCUGAUUUUGGCCGAUGUUUUCGCGGCUGGAUCAAAGAGCGGACAUUGCUGGUUGAAGUUUCAAAAGCUGCCAGGAGUUUCUGCCGGCAAAAGUUCGUAG